UCAGCUUUCACUACUCCCAACAUCUCUUCACCACGCCAUGGCUGACAUCAAGCAAUCCUUCGAGGCCGGCCAGUCCGAGGCCAAGCAUGCGGACCAGGUGGGCCACGCCGCCGAGGCCGUGCACGACGCCGCCGCCUCCGCCGUUGAGGGCGGGAGCCUGCAGGCGCACCGCGCCGCCGAGACCGUCCAGGAGGCCGGCGAGCAUGCCACCCACGCGGCGGCCGGCGUUGCCGGAGCUGCGGCAGAUGCGGCGGCAGGCGCUGCCGGUGCCGCAGCAGACGCGGCGGCCGGCGCUGCCGGUGCUGCGGCGGACGCGGCGGCAGGCGCCACGGGCGCUGCCCAGUGA